CCGGGCCUGAGCCCUGCGGAGCCCGGUGCCCGGCGCGUCCUUUCCCAGCGCGGUGCAGCCCCAGAGCCAGCCUGGCGCGCUGACACAGGACUUUCCCCACUUGUCAGGUUUCUCGCAGGUCGGCAGAGUUGCAGUGAGAGCCUGGAGUCAUGGAGUCCCCAACCAAGGAGAUUGAAGAAUUCGAGAGCAACUCUCUGAAGUACCUGCAACCGGAGCAGAUCGAGAAAAUCUGGCUGCGGCUUCGAGGACUGAGGAAAUACAAGAAAACAUCCCAAAGGUUACGGUCUUUGGUCAAACAGUUAGAGAGAGGGGAGGCUUCAGUGGUAGAUCUUAAGAAGAAUCUGGAAUAUGCAGCCACAGUGCUUGAAUCUGUAUAUAUUGAUGAAACCAGGCGACUUCUGGAUACUGAAGAUGAGCUCAGUGACAUUCAGUCAGAUGCUGUGCCUUCUGAGGUCCGAGACUGGCUGGCCUCCACCUUCACACGGCAGAUGGGGAUGAUGCUCAGGAGGAGUGAGGAGAAGCCGAGGUUCAAGAGCAUUGUCCAUGCGGUUCAGGCUGGGAUAUUUGUGGAGAGAAUGUAUAGACGGACAUCAAACAUGGUUGGACUGAGCUAUCCCCCAGCUGUUAUUGAAGCAUUGAAGGACGUGGACAAUUGGUCCUUCGAUGUCUUUUCCCUCAACGAAGCCAGUGGGGAUCAUGCACUGAAGUUCAUUUUCUAUGAAUUACUUACACGCUAUGAUCUAAUCAGCCGUUUUAAGAUCCCCAUUUCUGCACUUGUCUCGUUCGUGGAGGCGCUGGAAGUGGGAUACAGCAAGCAUAAAAACCCUUACCAUAAUUUAAUGCAUGCUGCUGACGUCACACAGACUGUGCAUUAUCUACUCUAUAAGACAGGAGUAGCGAACUGGCUGACGGAGCUGGAGAUCUUCGCUAUAAUCUUCUCAGCUGCCAUCCACGACUAUGAACACACCGGAACCACCAACAAUUUCCACAUUCAGACUCGGUCUGAUCCAGCUAUUCUGUACAAUGAUAGAUCUGUCCUGGAAAACCACCAUCUGAGUGCAGCCUACCGCCUUCUGCAAGAGGAUGAGGAGAUGAAUAUUUUGGUCAACCUCUCAAAGGAUGACUGGAGGGAAUUUCGAACCUUGGUAAUUGAGAUGGUGAUGGCUACUGAUAUGUCCUGUCAUUUUCAACAAAUCAAAGCGAUGAAGACUGCCCUACAGCAGCCAGAAGCGAUUGAAAAGCCCAAAGCCUUAUCCCUGAUGCUGCACACAGCAGACAUUAGUCAUCCUGCCAAGGCCUGGGACCUGCACCACCGCUGGACCAUGUCCCUCCUGGAAGAGUUCUUCAGACAGGGUGAUAGAGAAGCAGAGCUGGGGCUGCCCUUCUCACCUCUGUGUGACAGAAAGUCUACCAUGGUCGCUCAGUCUCAAGUAGGCUUCAUUGAUUUCAUCGUGGAACCCACCUUCACUGUGCUCACAGAUAUGACAGAGAAGAUCGUGAGCCCAUUAAUCGAGGAAACCUCCCAAGCGGGUGGCACAGCACAGAGGCGAUCUAGUUUGAACAAUAUCAGCUCAUCAGAUGCAAAGAGAUCGGGUGUCAAGAGCUCUGGAUCAGAAGGAAGUGCCCCCAUCAAUAACUCUGUCAUCCCUGUUGACUGCAAGGGCUUUAAAGCCACUUGGACAGAAGUGGUGCACAUCAAUCGGGAGAGAUGGAGAGCCAAGGUGCCCAAAGGUGAUUUGAAAGAUGGAAAAAAUAAGACCGACAAGAAGGAUCACUCUAAUGUUGGAAAUGAUGCAAAGAAAACAGAUGGCACCAAGAAGCGCUCUCAUGGCUCUCCAGCUCCCAGCACUAGCUCCACCAGUCGCCUUACCUUGCCAGUCAUCAAGCCUCCUUUGCGUCACUUUAAGCGCCCUGCUUAUGCAUCCAGCUCCUACGCGCCUUCAGUUCCAAAGAAAACUGAUGAACAUCCUGCAAGAUACAAGAUGCUGGACCAGAGGAUCAAAAUGAAAAAGAUUCAGAACAUCUCACAUAACUGGAACAGAAAAUAAGUCAAAGGAAAGAAGAAAAAGAGUGAAGGAAGGCCCACGUAUCUGCCUAUCAGCGCUGAACAGCCACAGCAAGACCCCCCCCCCAGUCCUGUGGAGGUCUUUGGGGCUGAUACUAUCAUGUUUGACCCCCAAAUGAAGGCUGUAUGUGAUAAUUACCCUUUUUCUCUUAUAUACCCAUAAAUCACUGGAUUUGGACAUUAAUCUGGAUUCUAGUGACAAACAGAACUAGUGGUUUCAUAUGGAUUAUUAAGUCUAUGCUGCAAAAUUAAAAUGACACAGUCUUUAAGAAAAACGAAACUUUCCUCAUUAGCAUUUUUUAAACCUCUGAGUUGACUUACCUACUAGUAACAUUGGUUUAAUAAUCAUAAUUAAGAAGUUUAGUUCUAAAAGUAUCUUUUCCAAUUUUAAAUAUACUUAAAAUGUAAAUGCACUCAAAACAAAAAUUGUGCUUCUGAAUGUAAUAAUCUUAGAGGGAAAAGAUAACUAUGGAUUAUGUUCAUGGAUAUUUCAGAGCUCAGACUCUACAAAAUAAUUCACAGUUUAAAAAAAGAAAGACUUUUUUUUUUUUUACUUCCAAUCACUUGUGAUGCCCAAAGCCUUAGUGCAUUUUCAAGGAUUUCAGGAGGUGCAU